CUCUCUCUCUCUCUCUCUCUCCAAACAAACCCUAAUAACUACGUGACAAACUGACAAUAUUCAAAUUUGAAAACAAACCCACAUAAUGAGUACAAAUCCUCCUGGUGGUGCUGGAAGUAGCACAGGAGGUGGUGGACCAUGUGGAGCAUGCAAGUUCUUGAGAAGAAAGUGUGUGGCUGACUGCAUAUUCGCCCCAUAUUUCGAUUCCGAACAAGGUGCUAGCCAUUUCGCUACGGUGCACAAGGUGUUUGGAGCGAGUAAUGUGUCCAAACUCCUUUUGAAUAUCCCGGUGCAUAAGAGGGUUGAUGCAGUGGUAACUAUAUGUUAUGAAGCUCAGGCUAGGCUUCGAGACCCUGUCUAUGGCUGUGUUGCUCAUCUCUUUUCCUUGCAACAACAGGUCGCAAAUUUGCAAGCUGAGCUCUCUUAUCUCCAAGCCCAUCUAGCAAGCCUAGAAGUUCCAACGCCGCCUCCACCACCUCUACCGCCGCAACCACCAACUCCACCCGCCGGAUUUUCCAUCGCGCACCUCCCGAUCACCUCAUGUUUUCCGGCUAACUACGAUUUAUCUGUACUUUUUGAUCCAGUGAUACAAGCUUCUGCACAUACCAUGCAACCGCCAGCACGACAAGCGGUUCCAAUGCAAUUCAGUGGUAGCAACACCGGAACUCCACCCCCACACAGUGGUGGUAGUGGUGGCUCUAGUGAUCUUCAUGAGCUAGCUAGGGAGCUUUUACAAAGGCAAAACAUUGGGUCUUCAGAAAUUUCAUCUUUAUCUUUACCACCACAUGAUACUAGAUGAGAUAAUGGAUUUGACCAUCUAUGUUGACUUUGUUAGUUGACUACUAAUGAUACAGGAGUUUGACCUUGAAAUUCCUAUCAUCCAAUUACUUUCUGUGUUUUAAUUUUCAAGUUGUCUUGAUUAAUGGUUACUGACUUUUUAGAUU